CAUUGUAAGUGAGAAAAAGGUAAAAACACUGCAGCCCACUAUGCACAACAAAAUUUUGUGAGAGUAUGGGGAAUGCCACGCAUUAACCAGAGAACAUAAAACAAUUGUGCUCUGGCCUAAUCUCUCAGCUUCCUCUCAUUCGUCCACAAACACACACACGCAGUCAGCAGAGCCAGCGCAGCAGGAAAAGGAGAGCAUCGUGCUAAAAUGGUAACGCAAUUGUUGUUGUGCUUGCUGUUGCCGUUCUGCUUGACUAUUAUUUAUGUAUUAUUGUUGUUAGUGUAUGCUUCAUAGGAUGUCUAUGCGUCGCUAUGUCACUCAAUGUGUUACGUAUUUAUUUAACUGCUUUACUAUUUCGAAAGACGGGACAAAGAGAGAGAGAACGGCAGCAUUGUUAUGAAAACGCGUAGGAUUGUUGGCUGCUGCUUCAGCCGCUGCUGCGAAGGAGAACAACAAAAGGCAACAGGCAAUUCAAUUGUGCGCUGGCAUAUAAAGUCAGCAGAAGUGACUUUUUGACUCCGACACACACAUUGGUGUCUACAAAUAUGCCUUGUUGCUUGCGUGGCAGCUCGUCGCUAGGUGUGUAUGCGCGUGUGUGUGCGUUCGAGAGUUUGUGUGCUUGCAUUAAUUUCCCUUUUUGAGAGGACUGAGGAUCGCCGGUAUAGUCUAUUGCUUCUUUCUCCUCUUGCCGUUUCAUAAAGUUUCGUCAUCCGUUGCUGUAUUGGCCGCUACCGCUACUGCUGCUUCUGCUGCUGUCUGCCAUUCUGCUAUAAUCAUUGGCAGCACUUCGUUGCGCUUAUUCGCCAGGCUCACCAAGUAGUAUGAAUUUAGUCGCCGUGUGUCAUAGUGGUGUUGUUGACACAAUAUACGCGCGUGUGUUGUCCAUUUAAGGGGAAGAGCAGUAAAGUUAGUGAUUAAGAAAAAGUGAAGAAAAUAAGCAUAACUGCUGCUAUAUUUAUUUAUUAUAAUUGCAUACAUGAAUUUAUGCAAAAAGUUUAUGCUACAACACAUGCUUGAUAAUUUCGAAUGAAAAGUGUUUUGUGUAAAAAUAAGCAAAAGUAUUAAAAACAAAUAAAUCAUCGUAUGUGAUGAUAUAAAGCCAUUAAGAAGCUGAAAAAUCACAGAAUUGUUUGUAUUUUCCAAAAGUGAAAAAUUUAUGAAGUGCUGUAGUGCUUGGUGAAUGUCAACGUUUCAACGAAAAUACUGCUACAACGAGUUUUUGAAAAACUUGUUCAACGUUUGAAAGGAAAAAAGGAAGACGCAUUAUUUUUCAUUAACCGAGAAAUUUACAAGGGACUACAACUGCAUAACUUUUAUGUAAAUUGCUGAGGCGCAAGUGCAUAUAUUUGAAAGCUAAAAGGAACCAUUUAAUAUCCAUUGACGUCUGCAUAAUUUACGCGGUGGCUCAUCAUAAUUUAUGCUAGCUAGCAUAGUCUGGCAUACUAAAUUUAAUUCAACAACAAAUUUGUACUCCUCAACGUUAACGGGUUGUGAGCGUAUCACAGCCAAAGAAAAGGCCUACAAAUGAAGAUGGCAUCCCAAAGAUUUUGCCUGCGAUGGAACAACCAUCAAAGCAACUUAUUAUCUGUGUUCGAUCAGUUGCUACACGCUGAGACAUUUACGGAUGUAACGCUGGCCGUCGAUGGACAAUACUUAAAAGCACACAAAAUGGUACUAUCUGCCUGUAGUCCGUAUUUCAAUGCGCUCUUCGUGCAUCAUCCAGAGAAGCAUCCCAUUGUAAUUUUAAAGGAUGUUCCAUACUCGGACAUGAAAUCUCUGCUCGACUUUAUGUAUCGCGGUGAAGUUUCGGUAGAUCAGGAACGUCUUACCGCUUUCUUACGUGUCGCCGAAUCGUUGCGUAUCAAAGGUUUAACCGAAGUAAAUGAUGACAAACCAUCACCGGUUGAGCCGACACCGCCACCACCACAACUACAACGUAUACAACCAUAUUUGGUGCAACAACAGCAACAUCAACGUAGCAAAUCACAGAAUAGCCUAUUGGCUGGUUCAAGCGCCGGCGCAGGUGGUAUGGCUGGUGGCUCAACAUUGUCUGCUGGUCAACAUCCGCAGCAACAACAAUCGUUGUUGAGCUCGGCAUUAGCAUCGAUGCCAAAACGAAAACGUGGUAGACCACGGAAAUUGUCAGGCAGCUCCAAUGGCACGGUGGAGUAUGAACGCGACGGCAUGAUGAAUGAUUCAGAGAUGGGCGAUUGCAAAAUGGGUGACUCUUAUUCGGGCAAUGAUGAUGGCUCAGAUGACAAUCAGCGUGAAUGUGGCGAUAUGCGAGACCCAAGCGAAAGCCGAGAUUCCCUUACCCACAGCAAGAAAUUCAAAUCAAAAGACAAUAAAUCUAAGCAAAAUGAAAAUGAUAACAGCACAUCUGUGCAACUUAUUAAUGCCUCACCCGAAUUAUCGCAAAGACUCUUCGGCUUAAUGAAACCAGCAGCAACUGUCCAACCACAACAACAACAAACACAAAAGGAUACAAACGAACCUGCGACCUCACAAAUAUCACUGCUACAAUUCAAUGAACCACAUGAGGUGACAACACAUCUGCCCACUGCCUUGGGUCUGAAAGUACGUAGUGCAUUGCAAUUAACUACUUCACCACCACAACAACAACAACAACAGAGCAGUGCCCAGAACUCCAAUUCACUGCUGAAGCAACAAUUGCGUGCUGGUUUAAAAGAAAUAUCUAACAAUAUUUCAAAUGAACCAAUGGCCACUAGUAGCGCCGAUUUCAGCUGUUCAGCACUGCAAUCGCUGGCAAGUGUCGCCGAACGUCAGAAGCCUAAUGCAAUACAGCCACCAUCUGCUAGUAAUUUGCACCACCAGUUCUUGCUGCAUAUGGCCGCAAACCCGAUGCUGAAACCCAGUGCAGAUUUCUUUCGACAGCAGGAACAAACAACUACACAAGAGCAACAGCAACAGCAAUCACAAGGUAAACAAUCUCAAACACAAGCCCAACUGUUGCAGCAUACAACAGACGCACAGCCGACACAAUUACACGAACAGGAAUUGCAACGUGAAGACAGCAUGUCACCCACAAAUAUGGAUCUCAUACUCGAUCAAACUGAUAAAUCCGAGCCCGAAUUGACUUUGGCGGAUGAAACAGCUGGUUUGGAAUAUAAAAACAAUGAAAUAUCACUGGGAAACACCGAUGAUGCGGUCGCUAUUACAACAAUAACAAUAGGCGAUGGACCUGACAAUGAGAGUGUAAAUGCGCAAACUACCGCAGCAGCGGUAACCACAAAUACCCGAUCAGGCGCCACACCACGUCGACCAGUGCAGCGCCGACGGAUACGACGCAAAGCUCAAUCCACAAUCGACGAUCAAGCUGAGCACUUGACAGAGAUGUCGGUACGUGGACUGGAUCUGUUCCGUUAUGCGCGCAUUAAUGAAGGCGUCUACCAGUGCACCGAAUGUGCUAAAGAAGAUUUGCAAAAGACUUUCAAGAAUAAAUACAGCUUCCAGCGACAUGCCUUCCUGUAUCACGAGGGUAAGGUGCGCAAGGUGUUCCCAUGCACGUUGUGCGGCAAGGAAUUCUCACGCCCGGAUAAAAUGAAAAAUCACCUAAAGAUGGCGCAUGAGAAUUUCGUUGCACGGGAUACUAGUAGCUUUAAUCCGCUAAACUAUUUAAUUACGGCGGCAACGGCGGAAGAAAUGCAAACCGCAAUAUUGACGGCAAGCGCUGCAGCACAACAACAACUACAACAACCAUCUAUCAUACAGGACAAUUACUUGGGCAAUGGUGUUAGUAUUACCAAAGCCACGCCGCGACAACGAGACAAUUCGCGUUCAACAUCGCCAAACUCAGCAGCGGCAUUGCUGAAAUCGCAGAAGGAGUUAACCAUUAAAAACGAGAUUGUCAUCUCACCUUCGCCCUCACCCGAACCGAUUAUAACGGUGCCAACGAAUGGCACGGCGACAUCGGCACUUGCCGUAGUCACAAAAUCCGCAAAUAUGUCCGUGUUGCAGGCGAAACGUAUAACGCAAAGACUGGAAGAGGUUAAUUAAAUUUAAAAUGACUAAAAUACCACUAAAUAAUUAUUAAUCAUAAGAUGUAGUGUAUUUAAAAUCAUAUAAAUGUUAAUUAAGUUUUAAACUUUUAUUUUUUGUAGGCCGCAAAGUGCAAGAAAUAGUAUACAAUAAUAACUUUAAUGGUUGUGUCGAUACGAACGCGCAACUGAAAGUCUGACUUAUCUAUAAACUAAUGCACAAAAAUCUACUCAUUUACUUAAAUACAUAUAUACAUAGAUAUUUUUAUUGUGGUUUACUAUAAUAUAUGUUAAAUGCUAAUUUAAAAGCAAAAUACUAGUGAUAGAAAGUAGAGUUGAAGUUGAGGAAAAUCUUAUGAAAAUACACAAAACAAUUAACUUGGCACAAAAAUAUGAGAUUAAAAGUUUUACAUACAUUCAUACAUAGAUAUUAAUACAAUAAUUAUUUUGAAUAGUUCUUCUAAACAAAACAUACGAAGCGCACAAACAAAGCCUUAAAAACAUUAUACCUACGUUUACUUAAAUAAUAUACACACAUAUUUAAAAAAAUAAGUAUAUAUUUAUAUGAAAAUGUUAAGCAAUAUGUAGCCAUAAGUUUAAACAUUUUAUAAACUAUUAAUUUGUAAAUAAUUUAAGAGCCGUCCAUUUUAUCGCUAAAAUUAAGCGCACACAUAUAGUUAAAUAUAGGUGUGUGUGCGUAUAUAUAUUGCUGCAAUUAUUAGCUUAAUAAUGUAAUUUAUAUAAAGAAAUUUAGUUUUCCUAUACAUUUAUUUAUUGUAAUUAACUCAGUUCAUUUAAUUUAUACUCUUCCUUUUCUUUUUGUUAAAAAUUUUUAACUUUAAAAUGGUCAAUUAUUUUUGCCAGACUGCUAAACUAGUGGAUUCAAAUAAUUUCAUUUAAAUAUGGCUGCUCCUCGUUCUUUAAUGCCUAGUCUUAAAAGCCUUAAAUACGAUCCUUAGUAUUAAGCUAGGUAAUAGUAAAUAUUCAAGUAAUGCAGGAUUAAACAUCACUAUACACUUACGAAUACGCGCUCGUAUACAGAGUUAAGACCCGAAUUACAUGUAUUUGUCGAGAAAUUUGAGUCUGAGAAGUGUCAGUAUAACUUGUAUACCUUUAUUUUCUCCUUUUUUAUGCUUAACCCCUUUUCAGUUGAAUACUUAUUUUUAUAUCAACUCGUGCUAUUUUAUAUUCUCAUUAUGUAAACACUUAAUGGCACAGCCAUACGAAUAUGUUUGUAAUUUAUUAUUUAUAUUUAUUCAGUAUUUCUCCUUGUGUUAUUUAAAGUCACCGCAAAUAAACAUAUUUUCUACAGGUAACAGAAAUACAAUAAUGCUUUACACAUCAUAAAUUAACUGUUUUAAUUUUAUUUGAAAAAAAAAAAUAUGUUUCGAGUAUUUAGUAUUUUUUCAUGUAUUUGAUAAAGCUAAACAACUUUUUCACAUUUAAUAACAUUUUAUUUUAUUCAAAUGGAAAAAUCAUUUUUAAUUACUUUUUAAUUUUAUACAAAUUUUCAAUAACACAUUAUAUAUUUUUUAAGACUACACGCAAUACAUGAUAUUUCAAGAGUUAUCUUCAGUCCAAAUGCAUAAAACAAAAUUAUAAAUACGAUAAAAUAAAGUAAGUCUAUUAAAAUUCAAUUUGAAAAUAAUAAUGUUGAUAUUAUAAAAUAAAUUUCUAAAUUUUUAAGUUUUCGCGCAUAAUUAAUAAUGUUUCAUUUAAAUUUUAUGUUAUUAGCCAAUCUUCUGUAUGAUGUUUCUUAUUUGUGAUCUUUUUUCAAGCUACUUGAAGCAUACUUAAUAUUAUGUUAAUUAUAUUAUUUUAUUUUAUCAUUUGUAAAUAUUAUUUAUCGAAUACGUAUUUAAGUUAAUACUCAACAGAUAACAUCGCAUAUUAAAAACAAGAAACUGCAAAUAAUUAACACAUAAAUAGGUUAAGUUAAAACGCAAGACUUAUGCAAACAAUUUUAUAGAUUUAUGUAUUUACUCAACGCUCAAU